UUUUUUUAGUUAAAAAAAAAAUAUUGGAAUUUAUUUUUAUAUAAAAUGUAAAAUCUUGCAGAUAUAGAUGAAAAAUACGAACUACUAUUUGUCAUAUUUUUCAUAUUUUAUAUUUUUAUUUUACCGUUUUGUAAGGUAUUGUUUGGAUUGAUUAGUUAUUUUCUAUCUUUAAAAAACAAAAAAUAAUAAUAGUUUUUAUAAAAAGUCUUAAAAACUUACCAUGGAAAACUAUUAUCUCCGAAAAAAUUAUCUUAAAAAAAUGAGGUAUUUUUAAUAUCUCAAAUUUUAAAAUAAUUUUUAGAAGUGUUUAGAAAGCAUCUCAAAUAAUUUUUCUUUAAGGGUUUGUUCGUAAAAUAAAUUAUUUUUAGAAUAAAUUUAAAAUAUUUUAGAUAUAGUUUUAUAAAAUACUUCAAAUAUAAAAAAAAAACUGCUAUUUUUCAUAAAUUGAAUUUUAUUUCCAAAAACUAUUUUUAGACGGGCUGGUUUUUUAUUACCUUUUAAAAAACGUCGUCAAAACAAGCGUGGUUUAUAAUAACUACGGUGUGGCGCAUGAACACCGGAUACUUUUUUUUUCCCAGAUAAAUCCUAAAAUCACCCGAAUGUCAGUUCUCUCUAAAAACCCUAAUCCCUCUUGGUCUCACUCUUCCUCGACCGUGGAGAAGGAGAAGAAAGCGAGUGAUUCAACAAUCUCCCUUCCUUCGCCAACUGUAGAACGCUUUAGUUCCAAGGAGCAUCUCAACACCUCACAGACCAAACCCCAUAUCUCCACACAAAUGGCACUGGUUGUGAUUUGUGGGCAACCCUGCAGUGGGAAGUCAACUGCUGCAGUCUGCCUAGAUGGAGCUCUAAAAGACUCGGAAUCCAAACUGACGGUCAGGGUAAUUGAUGAAGCCUCCUUUCAUCUUGAUCGCAAUCAAUGCUACGCCAAUAUGACUGAAGAAAAAAUGUUGAGAGGAGUGCUCAGAUCUGAAGUUGAUAGAUCUGUGUCAAAAGACAGUAUUAUCAUAGUGGAUUCCUUGAACAGCAUCAAGGGUUACAGAUACGAGUUGUGGUGUUUGGCUCGUGCUGCAGGUAUAAGAUAUUGCGUGCUGUUUUGUGAUGUAGAGGAAUCCCAUUGUAGAACAUGGAAUGAACAACGCAGCGAGAAUGGAGAAGCUUCAUAUGAUGAUAAAAUAUUUGAAGAUUUGGUAAGAAGGUUUGAGAAACCAGAUAGAAGAAACCGAUGGGAUUCCCCCUUGUUUGAACUAUGGCCAUUUAGAGAUGGGAUAGAGAAAUCCUCUGCUGCCAUUUCAGAUGCUGUUUCAUACUUGACAAAAAAGGCCGACUCAAAAACACGAGACAUCAAAAUUCUGCAGCCUACAAUAGCAACAAAAAGUGCCCGGUUCUCAGAGGCCAAUUCGCUCUAUGAGAUGGACAGGGCAACACAGGAGAUCAUCAAUGCUAUUGUGGAAGCACAAUCCCAGGCAGUUGGAGGGCCUGUAAAUGGCAUCUCUCUGGGCCAGGGAUUAGCACCUAUCAAUAUCUCAAAAUCAGUUGGACUGCCAGAGCUACGAAGGCUGCGACGAACAUUCAUAAAACUGACUGGACAGACGAGCUUAAGCGGGCCGCCCCCACCAUCUGAUUCAGACAGUGCAAAGAGAAUGUUUGUGGAUUACUUGAACAGAGAAUUAGGAAGUGCUUAACAGGAGGGAGUGAUAGAUAUUUUGCUUGGAUCCUCAGGUAUGUGAUCCAGUUAUUUUUCAUGCUAACAAAUAUGGAGUACUACCAGCUUGUAUUACUCAUUAUCAUUUUGUUAUAUAAAAGCAACCAAGUGAGUUUAAUAGCAGAUGGAAUGUUAUUGAGGAGGA